UGAAGUUGGCAGGAUGAGUGAUUUCGUGUUGCCAUCUUUUGCGGCUUGAAGUAAAAGAUGGUGGUUCAAGAAGCAAAUUGUGAGGCAACGGAGGAAAAUGUUGAGCAUCAAGAUGAGGAAAUUUCGAGCGACGAGAGAGUAUAUUCCCUAGAAAUUCCUACUUGUGUGAUUCACUCUAUAGUCAUUCCUGAUGCAAGAAAUUUAGUAUUGAAGAUAAUCAAAGAUGCACAGCAACAGCACGGCCUGCGUCAUGGCGAUUACCAACGCUACCGAGGGUAUUGUUCUCGCCGAUUACGGAGACUGCGCAAGGUUCUCAAAGUGCCACAGGGUGACAGGCGCCACUUCAAACGGCGCGAUGUCAUGCCAGCCAUGGUCAGCGACGACAAAUUUUUACAAGUACCAUUGACAAUGGCAGAACGAGCAUGGAGUUACGCUAUGCAGCUGCGUCAAGAGUCUAAUACCGAGCCCAGAAAGAAAUUUCAUUUAGUUUCUAGAUUACGAAAAGCUGCGACCUACUCUUUGCAGUUGCAAGAAUUGAUAGAGAGUGUAAAUUGUGACGCACGUACCAAGCUAGAGGCACAAGCCUACGUUGCAUGGAUGCACGGUUCUCUACAUUUCGAGCUGCAACUGUGGAAACCAGCGAUGGAAAACCUGAAGAAAGCUCAAGUUGUCUACGAAAAGUUGGCUUCAGCCUUGCCAGACCUCGAGCAAGUGAUUUAUAAAGCCAGGGUUGAGGAGCUAGCACCUAGUUUAAGAUAUUGUGCCUACAACAUUGGCGAUACUUCAGCGAUAGACGAUCUGAUGCAGAUGAGAGGACAACUUAGUGGUGAAUUAUUGGCCAGUCUGGAUUCAUUGAUGGCUCAAACACGUAGCAAACAAUCAAAUGCUGAGGAAGUGACAUGGCGUGGUAAAAGUUGCGGUACAGUUCCGCCCAGAGCUGCUGGAUUGCUCAUAGCUGACUCGAGAUUGAAUCAAGCGCUAGCCAAGGCAGCUAAUAAUCAAGCAAAGAUUGAUUUACUCGAAGCACAUCUCAUAGAUUGCAAGGAUGCGAUUGCGACAGUAAGAGAGGACUUCAAAGCUGAGUUGAAAAAUCGUGACACAGAUAAAAACAAUCCACUGCAACAUUUGGUCACCUAUUUGCAAUACAUCAAACUGUCGAGAACUUUGGAGAGAAAUUUAGCUUUAAUAAAAAUAGCUCAGGAGUCUGAGAAGGCGAAACCACAAGAUAUAGUGAGAUUGUACGAGGCAGCUUUGCAUAACCUUGUAGAAAUUUCACAGCUUCAGGAUGAUGAGGAUUAUCAAAAAGAACAAGACACAAAAACUAAGGGAUAUCGAGCAUUCAGAUGCUUCUACAUGGCUCAAUCAUUGGCAAACUUGCACCGUUGGCGAGAAGCAAUGGCCCUGUACCAAAGGUCAUCUCAACAUGCUAAAGAUGCGCUUCGCAAUCCGGUCGUCCUACCUGAGGACUUGAAAAAUGAUCUACAGAAAUUGGAGACUCUCAUUGAAGGAGCUCAGUAUGCGGCACACGCUCAUAGCGUUCUUGAGGAAGACCAGGAGGAAGAACCUGGUACAAGUAAGCAGACCAGAAGCAAGAAACCCCUUUAUGAACGCCUGCAUGAGUACAGAGAGGAUCCUUCAUUGCUCACUAAACAACCGAACGUUUAUAAACUUCCGCCAUCCAUGCGAAGCAUCCCAUGCAAACCGUUGUUCUUUGACCUAGCUUUUAAUCUUGCAGAGUUCCCUGAUUUGUCAGAUAAAUUGGGUGAUCAAGGCAAAAAGGCAGGCCAAGCUGGGCUUACCGGAUUUGUCAAGGGUCUUUGGGGAUGGGGAAAUAAAUAACGUGUUUUUUUCUAACCUAACUUACGGUUUUAUAAAGCUCUAAAAAUCCUCAAUUUUUGAAAGAGUUGAAUAACUUGUAGAACCAAAACCUAGAUGCAUUUGAACUUUCUACUAGCUACACAAAAAUUGGGUUAAUAAUUUGUAUCAGUAAUAAAAGCUAAAGGUACAAUAGAA